AUGCAAUUGGCAGUCAUACUUUGCGAGGCUUGGCAUCCACAAGUUGAGGAAGAAGCAGACUUGAGGCAUCCGAGUUAUAGUUCUGACUUUGCGUCUCCUUCGGAACAGAUCCGCACUGUCAUGGAGCAGAUGCGUAGGGGAGGGAACUUACGUUUUGAGGAUGUUAUGCUUCUCAAUCAGUCAAUGGUGCUAGGUGGGGCUGAUAUUCCUGACCGAUAUAGAGACAUGCGACUUGAUGUUGACAACAUGACAUAUGUAGUAAAGCCAGAGAAAACCCGUAAUCAUUUAUUUGCUCAUCGUAUAACCGAGUUGUUGUCUCUAGAAGAGCGGAUUGGAGAUGUUUGCACCGGUCUGAAUGAGGAAAGCAUAUCAAACCGAUUGAAGCAACAUAAAUUCAAAAGUACUACCAGAUCUCCACAAGAGGUAGAGCCAUGCUGUAUUUGUCAGGAGGAAUACAAGGAAGGAGAAGAAAUGGGGAUGCUGGAAUGCGGGCACGACUUCCAUAGCCAUUGCAUCAAAGAAUGGCUAAAGCGGAAGAACCUUUGCCCAAUCUGCAAAACCACAGGAUUAAACACUACAGAGAAGAGAAUGAAUUAA